GGGACUAUGUAUAAUUUUAUUCUCCAAAUAAAACCAAAUUACCUAUUUACCCUUAUUUUUCUUCCUCUUUAAUUCUCCACACCUACAUCAUCGCAUCAUUCUUCCUGCGCAUCAUCAAUCGUCAACUCCAUGCGCAUCACUCCCUCUCUUUCCCCUUCACACAGUAACAACAACUCAGAAGCCAUAGCCAUAGCAGCCGCCACGAAGUCCGCCGCCGCCGCUGCCGGAGAACGAAUUUUCUUCUCCAUGGAUUGGCUUAUCUUCUCUGAGACCAGAUCUGCAUAUGAGGAGGUCAGAGUUGCAGCGGCAGAUGCCGGAUUAGUUGUGACGGUGGCUGGAUAUUUCGGGGCAACGAUUGACGGCCGGCGACGGCUAGAUCUGGCCAGAUCUCCGGCGACGCCCACCAGAUCUGCAUCGGCGAUGGCCCAAUCUGCAACGGUGAUGGCCCGAUCUGCAACGACGGCCAGUUUUUGAGACGACGGCGGUGUCCGGCGACCGGCGGCAACCGGCGGACACUGGCGGCGAUCGGCAACGAAUGGAGGUGGUCCGGUUUUCUGAGCAACGACAGUAUACCUCCAAGCUUCAAGGGUUUUUGUGUCCAAUUACAAAUAAUAACUCCUAUUUAGGGAAGUUUUAAACUUUGGUCCUAUUUUGGCAAAUAAAGAUUGAUUUUCUCCUAUUUAGGUAAAUACCUCUUUAACUUUUUUCCAACUUCUAUAAUUUCUAUUUUCG